AGUUACCGCGUGAACGGCUGCCAGUUCGCACGCCGUUGCCUACCCGUUAACUUUUUAAUUUCGUGUGAAUAAAAGUUCUAAACGUGACAGUUACUCUAUAUUAUCUGUGGACUAUUGGAGGGAAAAGCACAUAUUUAUUGUGAGAUUUAUGUGAUAAACUUUUAUCAACAGUAUAGAUCUGUGUAGUGAAGUAGUGCUAGUGCAGUGUCCUCUGUUCUUACAAUGAGAAGACGCUCGUGCAGUUAGACGAUCCCACGCCGUUCACAUUAUUAUGCAAGCGUGACCGUAAUAUUGCCAGUAGUACAUUAUAGUGACGAGUUGACAUUUGCCGCCAAUGCCUCUUGAAUAAGAAAUGGCAUUGGUGAAUUUCACCCUGACCGCCGCGAAUGCGGCGACUCCGGUUCUCACGACUUCUACUCCAGGCCCACUUCACAUUGGCCUCAAUGACCUCCUCUACUCUCCAGAACAGGCAGAGUACCCCCCUCAACCGGGCAAUGAACCAUUUUCCCCACCGGCAAACCAACAAAGAAGAACCAAACUAAGAAAGCGUGCGGGUUCAACCUACCUCCCUCCCCCUAAUCAGUUUACCCAUUAUCCACACGACGACAUCCCACACAAUCCUUAUAAUAGCCAACUCCACACACAAAUAUACCAACAAAACGCACGACUAGAUGUACCGAUGGAUAACCAACGGGUACAGGAAGUAAAUUCACAGUUUGACAACACCGGACAGUAUAUUCACGAUCCAAGCGGUGACUACGAUUACGAGCAGAGGAGGUUAAACUCAAAUGCUCCACGUCCGCCGUAUAGUGGAUACACUAGUGCACCUUACCCAGCUGCAACAACACCCCCUUCUAGUCGAAAGUUUGAUACGAGUUCGAGCCAAAAUGUCAAUAAUUUCAAUUACGGGAAUAGAGCGGUACCUGCAUCAACGCCUUCUAGAACGCAGGACACGGGUGCUAAAACUAGCAGUGACGCUAACGCUGGUGGCAGUGGGCAGCCUCCCGACCGACCCCGGGGUUUCACGAAAGUGGAAACGGGGAGCUCUGGAGGCAAAACUCAACUACACGCCGUAUUAGACUACGACGAUGAUUACUAUGACGACGUCCCUGGACCAGAUUUCGAUCAGCCCGCCAUAACGCCUUUGCAGGGGCCAAUUCUGCUGCGCAACGGAACAGUGCCAGUGGUGCCUUUAACUUCUUAUCCUACAGUCAACAAUGGAUCUUUCUACCAAAUACCUAUCCUAUGGACCGCUUUAUCCGUAGCAUUAGGCUACGAACUUCAGGGUCAAAUCAUCAAGGGCGUGCCAUGCGUUAAGAAAAACUACCAGCUUUACUGCCCUACUGCUGGGAACACAUAUCCUUUAGAUAAAAUUGAGAACUUCAUAGAUGAAAAUAAGGCGUUAAUCAAAAGAAUGUACGGCUCGUUCACAACACCCGGCGGGAGCAGAGUCCGCAGAGCCCCGGGGGUGCCGGACGUGGAGAAAGGAGACACUUAUUUCGGACGUAGUGCGCGGCAGACGACCAACACGCCGUCUCCUGACACACAGUCAAUCAACAGUACAGGCAGGAUAGACGCGUGUGAAAGCAAGACGGAGAUUAUGACGCCAUAUUGGGCACUCAAUUCGGCGAGGAAGCUAAGAGCUAUCGUGAACACUAUGCACUUCGAGCAAGCGAUACAUCAGGAAGUCUGCAGUAAGAAGACGACGAACAGAUGUUCCGGCGACUGCGGUUGCGAGCAGAAGUACAAAUGGCAUCGUCUUUUAGCAUACGAUCCGAACGACGAUUGCGCCGGAAUAUUCAUGGAUUGGUUCCUUUUCCCAUCAUGUUGUGUUUGUCGGUGUAAUCCAUAGAAUCAUAGAUAAUGUAUUCACACUAAUAUUUCCUGAUAGUUACCGCUAGGGGCGCUGUACAAAUAUAUAGCGCUGUAGUUUAGUUAGGUACAGCCACGUCUAAAAUUAUAUUUGUUUGUCUUCGUAAUAAGAGUGUAUUUAUAGUAUCACAUGACGAUUUCACAUUUUUAUUUCUUAAUUUUCUAUUACACAGUCUAAAGCACGUUAAUACAUAUGGAUAUGAUAAAUUUAUCAAUUUAGUACAUCUCCAUUAGGUUAAAUAGACUGGCGUCAAUAUUGAGAAAGUAUUAUUCGCCUACCUAGUCUUAUAACAUUUUACAUAUGUCUAGUAUUAAUACAUGAUUUCAAAGCGUGGAUCCUCAACAAAAUAAACUUUUAUCUUCUUCUAUCUUACUUCUCAAUUUUAUCUAUGACAGAUUUCUUUUUUAUUCAUUCGCUAAUUUUCAUUUAUGACAUUUAAAGAGUUAUUUAUGCAAAAAAUUAAUGAAACUAUGAAUGUCUAGUAAAAUGACAUAUUAAGAUAUUUGUUGAAAAAAUUCUUAAAUAUAUAUUACUUAUUUUUAAGAUAAUUUCACUAAUGUGAAUAUCAAAUGAUUAAGAAUAUUUGGAGAAAUUCGUGUAAAUUUUAAGUAACUAUCUCAUAUCAUUAAUAAACAGAGCAUGCAUAAUUUAAUAUAGAUUGUGUGUAUCUUACUUUUAUAUGAUAUACUGAUUAUAAAAAUCGAAAGUAUAUUUUAAAUUUAUAUUGUUAAAUGUUUUUCACUGCCAUUGUACAGUUAUUACAUUUUAAUAUUAAUUAAAAGUAAACUAAAACUGUGACAUAAAAAUGAUACAGCAUUAAAUAUGAGAAAUUAUAAAUUAUUGACAAAAUUAUUAAGUAUUGUUUCAUUCAUUAUAAUUAUGCUUAUAAUUAAUUUCGACUAGUGCAUAAUAAUAACAAUGCUGUAAAUAUUUUUAAUGACAUUAAUAUAAAUUUAUUCAGAUAGUACCUAUAAUUUUUAAAUUAAAUAAGAAACUUCCAACAUUUGUUGCGAGGCUAAUUUUAACUUGAGUAAUAAAUAUAAUGCUAAAGAAGGCUUAGAAACCACGACUUUUAUCUAGCAUAAAAUUAAAUCGAUUUAUAUAAAAAAUAAGGUAAUACUAACAAUUAGUUCAUACUUUAGUUUAUAAUAGGUAUACCAAUUUACUUAAUAUAUUUAUAUCAUACGGAAAUAAAUUAAGUCUUGAUU